CUGCGGUGGAGCGCUGCUUCGUGCUGCGCUGUGGCGCCUCUCCGUUCUCGGCUUUUUCAUCCCCUCGGGGUCGUACCUGCGGCCGGUAACUGCGGCCGCAUGAACAUUAGGCGGCUCCCUUUGCGGGCAGCGCCUCCCCCCUUAUGGAGGAACCGCUCCCUCCGCCUCCUCUAUGGAGCCUUUCGCAGAGCGCAGCCCGCGUCGCCCUCGCCCUCCGCUGCUGGCCGAGGGCGAAGAGGAAGAGGAGGGGGGUGCGGCGGCGGCGCGGAGGGUCAGCCCGGGUUGGGAAAGGACAGGCGCCAGUGAGGGGGACAGCCUCUGGACAGCCGUGUUCGAGUACGAGGCGUGCGGCGAGGACGAGCUUAGCCUGCGCCCGGGCGACGUGGUGCAAGUACUCUCGCAGGACUCGCAGGUGUCUGGCGACGAAGGCUGGUGGACCGGCCAAAUCGACCAGCGCGUCGGCAUUUUCCCCAGCAACUACGUGAGCAGGAGCAGCAGUUGCUGCCGCCGCCGCCUCCGCCAAGGGGGCGCUCCGGAGCUCCAGCCCCACUACGCGCAGCAGCCUCCGGCCAUACAGUUGUUGGAGAUCGACUUCUCAGAGCUUGUUCUGGAAGAAGUAAUUGGUAUAGGAGGCUUUGGGAAGGUCUAUCGUGCAGUUUGGCUUGGAGAGGAAGUUGCAGUUAAGGCAGCUCGCUACGAUCCAGAUGAAGACAUCAGUGAAACUAUUGAAAAUGUUCGUCAGGAAGCUAAACUCUUUGCGAUGCUCAAACAUCCCAACAUCAUUGCCCUUAAAGGUGUAUGUUUAAAGGAGCCUGAUCUUUGCUUAAUCAUGGAAUUUGCCCGUGGAGGGUCCCUAAAUAGAGCACUGUCUGGUAAAAGAAUCCCACCAGACAUACUGGUGAACUGGGCUGUCCAGAUUGCUGGAGGCAUGAAAUAUUUGCAUGAUGAAGCAGUUGUUCCUAUUAUCCACCGGGAUCUCAAAUCCAGCAACAUAUUGAUUCUCGAGAAGGUGGAAAAUGGAGACCUGAGCAACAAGAACUUGAAGAUCACAGAUUUUGGCUUGGCCAGGGAGUGGCAUAAGACAACCAAAAUGAGUGCAGCUGGGACAUAUGCCUGGAUGGCUCCUGAGGUCAUCCGCUCAUCCAUGUUCUCUAAAGGCAGUGAUGUGUGGAGCUAUGGUGUGUUACUAUGGGAAUUGCUAACUGGAGAAGUACCGUUUCGAGGAAUUGAUGGCCUAGCAGUCGCAUAUGGUGUUGCCAUGAAUAAACUUGCCCUUCCCAUUCCUUCAACAUGCCCAGAACCUUUUGCCAGAUUGAUGGAAGAUUGUUGGAAUGCUGACCCUCACUUCAGGCCAUCUUUUGCCAACAUUUUGAACCAGCUUACUAACAUAGAGGAGUCUGGUUUUUUUGAAAUGCCAAAGGACUCCUUCCAUUCCCUCCAAGAAGACUGGAAACUUGAGAUCCAGGAGAUGUUUGACCAACUCCGGGCCAAAGAAAAGGAGCUGCGUACUUGGGAGGAGGAGCUAACAAGAGCAGCAGUCCAGCAAAAGAAUCAUGAGCAGCUUCUGCGGCAGCGGGAACAGGAGCUAGCAGAGCGGGAGAUUAACAUCUUGGAAAGGGAGCUCAACAUAAUCAUCCACCAACUGUGCCAGGAUAAACCGCUUGUGAAAAAACGUAUGGGCAAGUUCAGGAAAAACCGUCUCAAGCUGAAGGAUGGCAAUCGCAUCAGUCUCCCUUCUGAUUUCCAACACAAAUUUACUGUACAGGCAUCUCCAACAAUGGAUAAAAGGAAGAGUUUGAUCAGCAGCUGCUCCAGCCCUCCUGCCAGUCCUACCAUCAUUCCCAGACUCAGAGCCAUCCAGCUGACACCCAGUGAGAGCAACAAAACAUGGGGACGCAACUCAGUAUUCCAGAAGGAAGAGGAAGGAGAAGAAGAAAGGAGAGGCCCAAAGAAGAAAGGUCGUACAUGGGGGCCAAGUUCACUUUGUCAGAAGGAGUUAGCAACAGGCGAAGAUAGUCUGAAGAUCCUGGUAGAUGGAUACAGACAAUGGUCAUCUAGUGUUCCAAACCUAGGAAAGGUCCAGAGAACGGCAGCCACUUUGCCUGGAUUUACAAGCCUAACAGAAAUGGAUAAUGAAGACAGUGAUUCUUUAAAAAAUGAAGAGAGCAAGUUGCAGCGAUCACCUGGACCUAACCAAUCAUACCUCUGUAUCCCGUUUCAGAAGAAUGAGGACUGGGAUGGCCAAUCCAGUGAUGCCAAUGAACCCACCCCUGUGAACUCUGCCACAAGUACCCCUCAACUCACCCCCACCAAUAGCCUCAAACGUGGUGGCUCCCACCACAAACGAUGUGAGCUUGCCUUCCUGGGUUGUGCAGCGGUGCUAGCUGCUGCUGGCCUAGGCUUUGAUCUCUUGGAAGCUGGGAAGUGCCAACUGUUAACCCAGGAUGAACUGGAAGCCCCCAAGGAAGAGAAGAAGAAACGUGACAGUAUCUUUCAGCGAGCUGGGCGCUCCCGUCGGAGUACCAGCCCUCCUUCAAGGAAGCUCUUCAAGAAAGAGGAGCUGGGUGAACCCUCCAGUUCCCUGACCCUCCUCUCCUUGUCUUCCAUUUCUGAAUGUAACUCAACUCGAUCCCUUCUGCGCUCAGACAGCGAUGAGAUUGUAGUAUAUGAGAUGCCUGUCAGCCCUGUGACAGUGAAGGCUCCCUUGCCGGUAGUUAGUAAUCCACUGGUUAACAUACGUGUUGAGAAGUUCAAGCGGGAUCCCAACCAGUCCUUGACUCCCACACAUGUGACUCUUUCUUCAGAAGUUCACCAAGGGGGGCACCGACGCACCCCCUCUGAAGGUGCCAUAAAAGUUGUUGGUCUCUUUACCAAUGGAUACCUUUCCAGUAAUUCCCCUACAGGAGCACUGGGAGCAGGCGCUAUAAUGCUCAGCAAGACUCUACUCUGGAGAGGCCGAAGACCUUGGAAUUCCUGCCUAGACCUCGCCCUUCUGCUAACAGGCAGCGGCUUGACCCCUGGUGGUUUGUCUCACCCAGUAAUGCAAGGGGUGAAUCCUCUGCUAAUAGCUCCAGUGCUGAAACCCCCAGUAACCUGGACUCCUGCUUUGCCAGCAGCAGUAGCACUGUUGAAGAGAGGCCUGCACUGCUUCCGUUCCAUGUCAGGUUUCCAGAAGAAGAGCGGACUUUAUUGGAUGUGGAUGCUGAAGGUCAGAGUCAGGACAACACUGUUCCACUAUGCAGAACUGAACUCAAAACACACAAACCUACAUCAUAUGAACUCAAACAAGAGUUCUGGUCCUAGCAUGAAAUCCACUAGGGGUUGGUAAGCCUCUUUCUAUUCAGUUCUACUUCUUGCACUAAGAAUGCACUUUGAACAUGGGUGAAGUAGAGAGAUGCUGCUGAGGUCAUGUCACUUGUGCUUUGUCUGCUACAGACAUGGUAUUGGGUUACCUGAGUGGGAUUUUUAUGAGUUUUUUGUAUGGUUAUUAUUGUUGUAGCUGCAUGUACUUCAGCUGCACAGAACUGCUGAUUUCUGUUCUGGUUUUUUCAUUAGUUUCAAAACUGCAGUAGGCAGUGUGGCUAUAUCUGAACCUCUGUCCAGAGAUACCAUAUAUCACUGUAGGUUUUACAGUUACCUCAGUCCCAACAUUUAGAAUGUUAUAUUGGGCACAAGUGUUUAUUUUCAAAGGUUAUUGAAAUGUACCUGCACCAGUUCUCUUGACACAUUUUAUUUUUCUUCCUCAAAAUUUCAACCUUUGAUCAUUUUGGGUACCCAAAUGAUUCCUCUUCCUUAAUUUGGAUACCUUGGGUGGGGGGUGUUUCUUCAUAAAUAUCAAACUCUCCAACUUUACCUGUUAACCCGCCCCCCCCCCCCAAGAAAUAUGAGAGCUGUAUUGAUAAAACAGGAGAGUUGUGAAGCAUUAUGCUAUCCAUCUUUUAGCUCCUGGUAGAAAGUGUCUAGCUGAGCUGGUGCAACAAGGGAGGGAAGCUUUGAUAGUGAGAGGAGGAGGGAUGGGACAGUGUGAGAUAUGGCUCAGAUGAUAUGCUUAUAUACCUGCUGCUGCCCUCCUCCCUGACACUAUAUGUUUAGGUAGGCUGAAGUAUAUGGUUGCUGAAAUGCAUCUAGAGAAACUGGCAGUGACAUACACAUCAAAUGGCAUCCCUUAAUCCUUAUGCCAGGUGGGUGUAUUUUUCCAUCUGGCAGGUAUUCCCAUCCUUCUCAAACCCUGACCCUUGGGGAUGCUCUGAAAGUCAUGAACCACCUUGAUGUUUUCCAAGUUUCUCUGAAACAGGCACAGUGUGAGGGAGAACUGCUGCAAUCACACUGGGCUUGUAGCACUUUUGACAUUUGUAAAGAGCUUCAUUUGCACCACUCAGCAUAGAAAAGGUGGUCCCCAUAAAAAUUUCAGAGUGUCUCCAAAGUACAGUGUGAUGGCAAAAGAUUGCACCAUUCACCUAGGGAAAGAAUGGAAUAUUUUGUGAGUGUAAAUUCUGUGUGGCUGUUAAA